CUAACAAUGUGAUGAUCCCAUAAUAAUAGAAGAACUUGAAAAUAGGUGUUUCCCAUUUCAAAAUGACUUCACCACCUUCUUCCUCUCACUCCAAACUGACAAUGAAGCUUCUCGUCGACACUAAAAACAACAAAGUUCUGUUCGCUGAAGCAUCCAAAACGGCUGUUGAUUUUCUUCUCAACAUUCUCUAUUUGCCUUUGGCUACUGUUGCUACACUCUUGAAGGGAAAUGGAAUGCUCCCUGGCAUAGGUAACGUCUAUCGUAGUCUCCAAAACCUCCCUGAGAAAUACAUGCUACCGCAACAUUCCGAGAAACGUCUCUUAAACCCUAACGUUAAGCUGUUUUCACCUGAAAUGUCUGUCCUUCUUUCCAUCACCAUUGGCAAAGCACCGAACCCUACAGCGCAGAUAUCUGGUGUUGUGAAAGACGGUGUUACUUUUUUGGUGAUGGAUGAUUUAGUAAUUCAGCCUGUUACUUCGGUCAUUGAGGUUGUUAAGGAGUUCAAUAUCCAAGAGAAUGCUGCAUUGAAGGAAAUGGUGGUUGAAUUGGGGCUCGAUGAGGGUAUCAAGUUGGUCUAUGCAAACAAAAAUGGUUUUGACAAGUGUUUUCAUCAAGAACAAGUAUUGAUAUGUCAUCAAUAUCUUGAUUUACGUUUAAGUUUCUCUCUUGCAAUUCAAGUCUAGAGUACUGAGAUCUAUUUUUGUUCUUGUUUUGUUGGCCUUUGUAAUAUUGGACUUUUUGGGCUACCUUGUUUGUUUGGAUGCUUUUAACUUCUCUGUAAAUGAAUUAAUUUCAAUCCUCAAUACAGUGAACUUGCUCUA